AUGGACGAAUGUAUGCUGAACGAUUUGUUAGAGUGUUCGGUGUGUCUCGAGCGACUGGACACAUCGAGCAAAGUUCUUCCCUGUCAACAUACAUUCUGCAAGAAAUGUUUAGUGGAGAUCGUUAGCACCCAUCGGGAGCUGCGCUGUCCCGAAUGCCGCGUGUUAGUCGAAGCUAAAGUAGACGAUUUGCCUCCUAAUGUAUUGUUGAUGCGUAUUCUCGAGGGAAUGCGCAAUGCCGCUCCCAAACAAACAGUUAAAUCUGUGACCAAGAGCAAUCCAGGACCACAAAGACUUUUUGGUGGUCAUCAGGUUACUCCAGCUCCUGCUGUAACUGCUAGUCUUACUACCACCGCAUACACAAAUGAACCAAUUCGACAUGCAAACGCUGCAGCUAAGCAAGUCCAACUACACAAUCUGGCAUAUGGUCGUGCAAUUUAUGAUUACGUGUCAAAAGUUCCAGGUGAUUUAUCUUUCAAGAAGGGCGAUAGCGUCAUUCUUUGUAAAAAGAUAGAUAACAAUUGGUGUUUUGGAGAAAGUGCUAACAGUCAUGGAGUUUUUCCUCUUUCUUAUGUUCAGGUAAUGACACCAUUGACACCACAUAUUCCUCAAUGCAAAGCACUUUAUGAUUUUAGAAUGACCAAUGACGAUGAAGAUGGCUGUCUUACAUUUAAUAAGGGUGAAGUUAUUAGUGUAAUUAGAAGAGUUGAUGAGAAUUGGGCAGAAGGAAAACUGUUAGACAAAAUUGGUAUCUUUCCGUUGGCUUUUGUAGAGCUGAACAGUGUAGCAAGAGCAUUGAUGAAACUUUCAACAAAUGCACAGCCAGGUCCAUCGAGAGUAGCACCUCCUACUCCUACUAACGAGGAAACUACACCCUUAAUACCGACUGAUCAUUCGCGUAAUAUACAAACAACAAGUCAACCACGACCCCAACUUGUGCAGAAUACAAGUUUACCAAUUUCCGAUACUGUUUCGAAUGUAUCAUCAGGAGGUAGUUCCUCAACUACUACUCCAAAUACUCCUAAUAGUUCAAGUACUUCUAGUAGUUCCAGCACUGCUCCUAGCAGUCCUAGUAGCCCGGCGACUUCUCCUCCUGCAGUUGGAAAUAGACAUAAUAUCAAACGUCAUAGUUUCACUGCUGUUAAUACUGGUCAUCAGGCUCAUCCACACCACAGACACAGUGCAGAAAUACUCAGUCCUCCAGUGGACAAUGCAGCUGGAAAUAGUAACAGUAGUUGCAGCAAUGACUCGUUUUCCCCUUUGCAGGCUAGUGCAGGCGGCGCCGAUCACAAUCUUCGGCACAGACGAAGUGGCAGUAGUGACCUUGUUCUUGCGCAACCGUCGCAGAGUUUACCUACAACUACCGUCGUUAGUAGAACUCAUUUACCAGCUGCAUACGUAGCUGUGCAUCCGUAUAAACCGCAAAAGCCCGAUGAGCUCGAAUUAAGAAAAGGUGGCACUUACAUGGUAACAGAACGUUGUCAAGAUGGAUGGUUCAAAGGGACUUCGAAGCGUACACAAAAGUGUGGAGUCUUUCCUGGAAAUUAUGUCGUGCCCGCUAAGUAUCUGGUUAAUUUAUUCGGAGGAUCACAGAAUACGGGGCAACAUCAAAGUUUCCCGUCAUCGACUGGUCAGAACGGUUCCGAAUCACGAGUUACUGUGACAUACACCAAAAACAAAGGACCUGCUCCUCAACCGUAUAGUUCGCGCACCUUGUUACCACCAGAGUUGCCACCACGAGCUAUCAGUCCUUCGCCUAUGGUAUCAUCGUCUUGGCACGGUCCAAGUCAAACUCAGAACCAAGAGAAAAGUCCUCCACGACCUAAUGAACAAAAUCCGGUGAAUCCUCUUGGGCGCAGUCACAGUGCUGUGAUGUCAUCGAAUAUUUCUUCGCCAGGGAAACAAGUUAUACUGCCGCCGUCGGUGACUACAACUACUACCGGUGCUGGUAUUAACAACAGCAAUAUCAUCGCAACUGCUUCUUCCACCAUAACUGAAUUGAACAGAAGCCCAAACAAUACUUUACGUGCGGUUGCAUCCCCCUCUUCUGCCACUGUUGCUGCCGCUGCUGCUGUUGCUCCGCCUAAGAGCACCGAAAAACAGAAAGAGAAAAAAGAUAAAUGUGUUUCCUUAAUGCGACGAUUAACGAACAUUAAAAAAUCCAAAUCUCCGCCACCUGCGACAUAUUCAAUGGAUAAUCCUGUGUUUGAUGAUGGUAAUUCCAUCAAUCCGGUACAUAUUCGAUCGGGAUCUUGCCCAAGUCAGUUGCUACAGGUGGGAGCCACACAGGAAUUAAAUACUUCAAACAACCAUCAUCGUUUGUGUCCAGGCUCUGUACAAGGGCACGUCACAUCUUCACAAAGACUUAAAUACAAGGAGAGACCAUCUUUACCGGUCUCAAUCCUACAGAGAUCCAGCGAAUCCGGUGGAAUGAUGUGUACAACAGUCGGAAAUCACCACCGUAAGAGCAACUCUUUGGAUGCUGGUAUGGGAAAACAAACGAAACAGCAACCUUCUCGCGAACGAGAACGCGUGUACAGAUUCCGCUGUAUUGUGCCAUAUCCACCUAACAGUGAAUUCGAAUUAGAACUACGUGUAGGAGAUAUAAUUUAUGUACAUAAGAAGCGUGACGACGGUUGGUACAAGGGUACACAACAAAGAACUGGACGUACAGGACUUUUUCCGGCAAGUUUCGUCGAAGCCUUCUGAGAUACAACA